AUGACGCUUGGAGUAGAAACUGAAUUAAAAUCUUAUGAGCCCCAUGUCACUCAAGAGCUGAUAGAUAGGGCACACGCCAGACGUAUGAAUCAAAUUGAAGACUACUUCGCUAUUCUACAAAGACAAGAAAUGUACAGGAACUUCAAUCUAUAUGCUGAAUUCAACAAACCUCUGGAAAGAAAGCAACUGAUUUGGGCAACUAGAUUGACUAUCAUGAAGUACCCCAUCCUUGGACAUACGAUAAUUCCAAAAGACAUACCGAAUCACGACUUGUUUUAUCGCAGUGAAGAAUAUUAUGGUGGCGUACAUCCUGAUCGAGACUUCAUCAAGGUGCUCGAUAGAUUGGAACUAAGUGGUUUACUAAUAAAUGAUCAAAUUGAGUAUAGGCCACUUUUUCAGAAAAUAGUUGAGCAAUAUAUCGAAGACGAGUAUGAAUACACCGCCAAAGUGAUUGAGCUAGUGGGAUCAAUAAAAAUACCAUAUCAUCAUAAGGAAAGACCAAAUUGGAGAUUGCUCUGUUUGCCCUGCAAGGAGGACAGUUUACUUUCAAAUAAAUUGAUCAUGAUAAGUAACCAUUGCUCCUUGGAUGGCAUAAGUUGUGUCAACUUUUUUCAGGAUCUAGCAGCUAACAUGAGUCACGACCAUUCCGCCGAUGUGAUAUUUGAUGAAACAAUUUUUGACUAUUCCCGAGAUUUUGCUCAACUAUCGAAAUUGGCUAAUCCAAUGACUGCGUACAUUGAUUGUAGGCCAUACAAUAGCGAAUUACCCAGAAUAAUACUCUCCGAUCUAAUAAAAAAAUAUCUAAACUAUACAUGGGAUAAUGAAAUUGUUUCUAUUAUUGAUCAUGAGAGAGUACAAACCUACCAUCAAAUCCUAAACUUUACACCGGACCAAAUCAGUUCUAUCAAAGAUAGUAUUAAAUCCAAUGUCCAUCCUGAGUGUACCUUGACACCUUUCCUGCAAACAUGCUUUGUGGUAGCACUCCAAAAGCAUGGAACUUUUCUCAAGAAGAGAUUCAGAGAAUUUGGAUUCGACAUUGCAUUGAUAAAAAAUUUGAGGACGUUAUUGCCCGAUAAUGCUGAUAUAAGAAAUGAGAUGAGGUACAGUUGCAGCAUAGGUGCACAGCACUAUUCAUACUUAAUUUCAUCGUUUAAGGUAAACUACAAGGACGAGAAAAAAUUCUGGUCUUUAGUAAAAUAUUAUUACGAUACCAUUCAGAACAAUCCCCGUGGAUUUCUGCACUCCAUUGGACUUCUCAUGGUUGACAACAUUGGAGAGUAUAUGAAUAUAGACAAAGUGGUCUUGAAAGACUAUCUGAAAAAGAAACGCGGCGGCGCUUUGAUCAGCAACCUGGGCUACCAUCCGCAGAAGCUGGAGCAGCAAUACCACGUAACAGACAUGGUCUUCUCUCAAACGCCCGGAUCCCUGAGGUUCGCCAUUGGUAUGAAUGCGGUUACCACCAACGUCAAAGGAUUGAAUAUCGACCUCAGCAUUGUCAGAACGGCUAUUCCAAGUCGUACAGAGUGGGGCGCAUUCUGCGAUGAGUUCCGUAAGACUGUGCAAAAUUUCACCGGUAUAUAG